AUAAUAACCACAGAAACUUUUUUGUGCACUUUGGCCAACUAGGAGGCAGGGGUAAAAAUGACACUUCUGUCUAGUUUGACCCUGAUAUACAUGUCAUUGUCAUGAACUCUGUUCACCUUUACAGAUAAAGCUGCCGAUCUGGUGAACCUUGCCCUUGUAGAAACAUACAUAACAAGAGCAUUUGGACAGAGCGGACAGAGUUCGGAUUGUGUGUUGAAUUUGUUUCAGGACGCAAAAAUCAGGAUGGUCUGGACAAGUGUGGCAGCCCUUAUUCCACUGAUACUCUGUGGAUUAUGUAUUCUGCCUGGAGAAUGCCACCCCAAGAGCAACAUUCUUGUGGUUCCUGUUGAUGGCAGCCACUGGGUGAACAUGGUGGUGAUUCUGAAAGAGCUUCACUCCCGAGGUCACAACCUGACGGUCAUACGCUCGCAGAAAAGCUGGUACAUCCCGGAGAAGUCCCCCAUCUACACCUCCAUCUCAGUGAAGUCUCUGGUGGAUGAGUUUGACCUGAGCUUCUAUGAUAGAAUGCUACGGCGCCACCUAGAGUACCGGAAGUCCAGCCGUCUCCUGCGCACCAUCUACAUUCAAGCAGACAUGGGUAGAAUGAUGAUUGAUGGGCACGACACUCUCACGAGAUCCGUCAAGCUCAUGUUUGAGGAUCACGCCUUUAUGGCCAAGAUGAGGGAUACCAAAUUUGACCUGAUGCUCACAGAUCCUGGCCUGCCUAUGGGUGUCUUUCUCGCCCGGCGCCUCAACCUUCCGACGGUCUUCAACGUGCGCUGGAUAAACAUGGGAGACAGCCACUUCACCUUUGCUCCCUCCCCGCUGUCCUACGUCCCCAUCACAGGCUCCGAGCUGAGCGACAAAAUGGACUUCUUCGAGCGGACCCUGAACAUGUUGGUGCACAUCAGCCAGUCGUUGCAGUAUUAUUUCAUCAUGGAGCCGUCUUACCGCGAGCUGUUUGAUACCUACUUCCCGCCGGGAACAGACCUGUUGUCCAUUGAGCUCGCAGCAGACUUGUGGCUUGUCAGGGCGGACUUUGUCUUUGAGUUCCCCCGGCCCACUAUGCCUAACGUGGUCUAUAUCGGUGGGUUCCAGUGUCGCCCAGCAAAGCCUUUGCCUGAGGACUUGGAGGCCUUCAUGCAGAGCUCCGGAGAGCACGGGGUCGUGAUCAUGUCUCUGGGAACCCUAAUUGCAGCACUCCCCAAAGAAGUGACGGAGGCAAUUGCGGCAGUUUUUGCCCAGCUCCCUCAAAAGUUUGUGUGGAGGUACAUAGGGGAGCGGCCGACCACUCUGGGCAACAACACUCUGCUGGUGGACUGGUUCCCCCAGAACGACCUCCUGGGUCACCCCAAGACACGGGCGUUCGUGGCUCACGGAGGCACUAACGGAAUGUACGAGGCCAUCUACCACGGUAUACCCGUUGUGGGGCUGCCGCUGCUCUUCGAUCAGUUCGACAACGUCCUUCGGCUACAGGUGCGAGGGGCGGCACGAGUCUUAGAGGCCACGUCACUGACCCCUGCCGAAUUCAAGGAGGCGUUGCAGGACGUCCUGGAGAACCCUUCCUAUCAGGAGGCAAUGCAGAGGCUGUCGCGCCUGCAUAGGGAUCGCCCGAUAGAGCCACUCGAUAGUGCCACCUUCUGGAUCGAAUAUGUCUUGCGGAACAAGGGAGCAGGGCAUUUGCGCUCAGAGGGCUACCACCUUCCCUGGUACGUCUAUCACAGUGUGGAUGUCAUUCUGCUGCUUCUGGCUUUGUUGUGCCUCAGUGUUUGGGUGUUCAUCACUGUCUGCAGGUUUAUGUUGCGCUUGGUUUGCAAAAGAAAGACCAAGGUUGAGUGACAAACGAAAGGCACUGCAGAAUGUUUUGAAUUUUCUGAAUUAUACUGUAUAUUCAAAAUGCAACGUUUGAAAAUGUAAACAGAAAAUACGCGAGAAGUAUUACACUGAUUACUCAUUAUUUGUGCAAAUUAUGCAUGGUUCUCACUUUCAGUGUGGAAGACAUCAAUUUAAUGGAACAUCUGAAAUCGGGUAUAAAUGAGUGCCUUUCAUGUAUUUAAACCGGAACAGAUAGUUGUUAACGACAUGGUGGACAUUUUAGCUUAAAUUGUCUCCUGAAUAAUGAAAUAUACUCUGAAUGCAAUUGAAGUAAACCAACCUCUCAACUUCUCCGAAACAAACUGAUCUAAAGUUGUUCUCAACCGGUACCAUGCCUGUUACUUUACAUUGUGAAUGAAGUCAAAUGAAGUUUGACCUACUUAUUAAAUAGGCCUGUCAUAACAAUAGUGUGCCUAAUACUAAUAUCAUUGUAACAAAAUAGUCUUGAACCCUGUUAGCAAGUCUGUGUUUUGUCCCCCUGUCUACCAGUUAAAGGAAAUACACCAUGCAAUACCACACACACACACACACACACACACACACACACUGACCUAUAAAGGCUUGCCCUCUGUUGUUUAACACCACAUACUCUCAACCAUAACACUGAUAGAACAAUAAUGCAUGAUAUCUCACUGUUAUGUGGUAGUUUGAUCUGUGGUUUACUACACUGAAUACUAUUAAAACUAUGCUGAAUGUUGCAAUUA